AUGGCCAGCUCCGAGUUCUCACCGGCCGUUUGCAAAGCUGUCGAAGAAAGCGCCAGUCAACUGUGGAAGCUGAGCAAGGACAUCUGGAGCAAUCCCGAAUUGGCGUACACCGAGGUGAAGGCUCACGACCGGAUGACGCGCUUCCUUGAAGAAAGGGGGUUCAAGGUUCAGAGGAAGUACCUUGUGGACACGGCGUUCCGUGCCGAGGGUCUCGCGCCUGGUGGUAAUGACGGUGCCGUAUUUGCGGACGCCAACCCGGGUGUCGCCCUCAGGACUGGCGCCAGUACGGACGCGGGGAACGUGUCGCACGUGCUUCCCACCCUGCACCCCAUAUUCGACAUCGGUGCCUCGGUGAUGCCCCACACGAAGGCGUUCGGCGAGGCCGCGGUGACCGAGGCAGCGCACCGGGCAGUGCUGCGCGUCGCCAAAGCCCUCGCCCUCACCGCGCUGGACCUGAUGUCGGACCCCGCGCUCUUGGCGCCGUUGUGGAGUGACUUCGCAGGCCUGGAAGGUCACUCACGGGACAGUGACAAGGUCAAGUGA